AAGCACACUACCCUAUAGUUUAUUACACCCCUCCUCUCUCUCUCUCUCUCUCUCUCUCUCUCUAACAUCUUCGCCCAUGGCUUCCACUAAGCCUCAACUGCUUCUCCCCAGCCAGUACGGCGCCACCCAAGCUCCACCACCCACCCCAUCAAACCACCACUUGGCCUCCUCCUCCUCCUCUUCUGAUCCUCUCUCCGAGUUUCUCAAUCGAUCUCUCCCCCUCUUUUCCCUCUCUCUUUCUAAACCACCACCUCUUCCCAUUUCUCACCCCCAACUUCUAUCCAUUCCCCUCCACCAAGUGGCUGAGCUCUUGGACCCCAGCACCACUCCCUUCUUCCAGCUAACCCACCACAACAUCGACAUCACUCUCGCCCAACAAGCUGAGAUCGAAGGUAAAGCUCUCUUUCACAGCAAGGAAGUAGCACCAAAAGGUGAAGAUGAAUAUGAAGAAGAAGAAGGAGGAUUCUGUUGGCCUCUUGGAUUCGAUGACCAUGACCACAGGUCCUUCUGUUUUGAUUCUUCGAUCGCUUGUAGGAUGGAGGUGCAUGAGUAUUUUCAGGCAAUGGAAUCAGUGGGUCUGCAAAUCGCCGCCUCGCUUGCGAAGGCUCUCGGAUCUGAAUGUUCUUCUCGUUCUCUCUCUUCUUCAUCAUCAACGCCAGGUCCUUGUUGUGGAUUGAUGUGGGUUUCAGAGCAAAAGGGGGUUGAGAGGCCUGUUUCUGUGGGGAGGGUGUACCCUUAUGUGGUGGGGUUGCAGCACCAGUUGCAUCCCCAACCCUAUUUCCUGGACCUGGGUUCCAAAGGUUGGGUGAAAGUCCAGCAGGAAGUGGGUUCGAUUCUGGUUACAAUCGGAGACAUCGCAAAGGUUUGGAGCGACGGGAGGUGGGAAAACGUGGUGAGGGGCAGAGCUGUAGUGGCAAAAGCCGCGGCGGAGGCGGAGGAAGAGAUAGCGAAUGUGACGACGAUGUUGGUUUCUCCCUCUUUGGAGAGCACAGUGCAGCCGCUCUUUAAAAAGGAAAAGGAGGAAACAGAGGGGAGGAGCUUCUCUGAUUUUCUGAUGAGGGACUACGCUUGGAGGGUUUAUCACCAAAGGUUUCCGGCCAAAGACCCGCUCCAAAGAUAUCGACUUUCUCUCUCUUGAUCUUUGCUUUUCCUUCGUUCAUAAAACACGAUUUUCUCUCUCUAAAAAGUCCGAAUGUCGGGAAGUGUUAUUGCGUGCGCACGUGUUUGGUGCCAAAAAUCUCUUCGUUUUGGUGUUGUCGUUAUCGACGAUGAUUGCGCGUGGUGUAGGGACUUGGAAUUCAUUCAUUUCAACUUCCCAAGCAUUUUACCUUC